GUCCUGGAGCCAUGAAACAAUGAGAUCUUGGUCGGGUGACGCCGCCUACGUCACGCCGUUGCCGCGGAUAUCCAGCCGCCCAUACCAUACCAACUAAAAAAAGGCAUCUUCAGAUGGCCGAAAAGGCGGGCCCUAGUAGGCCCCAAGUCUCGCAUCCAAAAUCUCACAUGGCAGCACCACCAAGCGGUCUGAUUGGGUCCAUGCCCGCCAUAUCAUGGGGAAGCUGCUAGCCAGUUGCGUGGAGAAGCUGUGCAAGGCUGCCGGAAAGAGAGGUGCUUACAAGGGACCUCGCACCCGUGCGGAUGGGAUGCUGGCUCGACCGUGCCGUCUCGUCGUGUGUCGUGUUACACGCCCGGGACUAUUGAGCGCGAGUGCUACUCUGCCGUCGGAGCUCUCUCUCUACACGCGCAGCACACAAAGGGGAUCCUGGACACGACCUCUUCCAGCUGAUGGCCAUCACUGCCGUUAUCACACCAGGCCGGUAGCAGGGAGGGGGUGUAGGCUUUCCAUGUAUACGGGUGGUAGCCUGUCCUGUCCUGUCCUGGAGUCAGCCCUGAUUACUCGUUUCUCCAGUGGAACAAACACGCGCGCACGACCCGCCUUCCAACCACCACCAGCUCCGCACAUCCGUUCCUCGACGGACCUCGCACUAGCUGGAAGGGUACUACUUCACCGCGACUGCGUGGCUGUUCAGAGCAAUCUGUGAUCCUGGCUCCAGCGCUAUAAUCCACGGCCCGAUCCUACCAGUCGAUGUCCUACCACGCUGUCGGGAUUGGAGUCGGUGCCAGACCAAAGCUGCGCCAAAAAUAAAAAAGUAACAGGUAAAAUUAAAAAAUAAUACUGUAAAGGCCAAGAUGAAGAGACAAAGAAAGGAAAGAGAAGACGAAAACGAAGGAUACCCCUCCCCUGCGCGGCCACGACUCAUGUCUAAUAUUACAAGUCGCCUAUACCGUUCAUAACCCGGGCGCCACCGUUUGAUAUCGGCCGAGCUCAGUAGAUGCCUUGCACGCCUUGCACGCCUUGCAAUCAGGCUCCGGGGACGGGUAUAGGUAGGUACCUACCUACUGUAGGUAUUCGACUCUUUGUCUCUGGAGAGGGGCUUCAAAAUACCUCAAAGCACAGCUUGCAAAGUAUACCUACAUGACAAGCAGCUUCCCAACAGCAUCACGUCGUGUGACACAGGCAGGCCUAGCGUCUUACACAUGCAGCAAGUUCGCGUACAAAGUAGGUACGUGGAUGAUGUGAAAAGGAAUGCUCAACCACAGCCUCCUCUCC